CAACAACAACAACAACAACAACAACAACAACAACAACAACAGCAACAGCAGCAGCAGCAGCAGCAGCAGCAACAGCACCAGCAGCAGCAUCACAGCCCUGGCGGGUCACACGAGCAGAGUGGCUCAGGGUCGUUUGAGCGAGGGUGUGAGUCGUGGGAGGCUCGUGCUGGGGUGAGCCACGAGCCUAUGAGCCUAGGGUGUGAGACUUACCUCUCACCCUACACCUCACCACUCACCUCCCCUCACACCUCACCCCACACUUCCCCCACUGCAGCCAACACCGCCACGCCCCCCGGGGUCUCGCGCCCCUCCACACCCGCCUCACGCCGUUCCUCGGACGACCCGCCGGUCACGCCCACACCUCAGGUCAAGAUCGAGGUGACUGCCCCUUGGGAAGAUGGCGGAGGGGCGGGUCACAGGGGCAAGGUACUGGGUCUGCCUCCCCUGGCUCCUCCAUCGAACGUGAAGGUGCUGCCUACCACCUCCCGGACACAGCUCAAACAACAGCUGAUGCGCCAACAGCAGCAGCAACAGGAGGCCAGAGACAGGGACGUUACAGCUGCAUCUCGACUACACCACCAUCACCAACUGCAACAACAACAACAACAACAACAACAUCAAAUACAACAACAGCAACAACAACAACAGCAUAAUCUCCAGCAUCAGCAACAACAACAGCUGAUUUAUCAACAACAACAACAACAACAACAACAGCAGCAGCAGCAGCAGCAGCAACAACAACAACAACAACAACAACAACAUCAACAGACUCAGGAGGGCAUCGCUAUUCCAGCCUCAGUGCCCUCCGACGUGCCUCCCCAGGUGUUACAGGUGCAGACGCGGCUGGAGAACCCGACCUACUACCACGUGUUACAGUCACAGCGUCGUCAGGUGCGGCAGUUCCUCUCUGGGGGCGGUUCUCCUCAGGACACCCCGCCCUCGUCCCUCACCCCAGCGCCCCCAGCUUGGCCCCACUCUGACCCCGGCGUGCCACGUGCGUCCGCCCCCCAUGGUAUGUAGCUUUGGCUGGCAGGACACGGGGCAGGUACACCCCCCCUCUCCUCUCCCUGUGGUGGAAGAUGUUAUCGACGAGAUCCUUAACCUGGAGGAGGGUCUGGAUGCUGCCGACAACCUCAAGGCCUAUGACCAACUCGCCAAUGUGCCUCCUUCUCAACUCAACAGCAGUGUACCAGGUUCAAUUUGUGACAUCCUAAAUAUCAAUGGCUACCUGGGGAAGACCUCCAGCUCCUGCCCAUCAGAGGUGUCACAGGUGAAGAGUGAGCAAUCUGGCAAUGAUCAGCAGAUGGUGGCCUUCAUAAAAGACAGACAGAAGAAGGAUAAUCAUAACAUGAUUGAGCGAAGAAGACGAUUCAACAUAAACGAUAGGAUAAAAGAACUUGCUACACUCUUGCCCAAGAGCAAUGAACCGUAUUUCGAGCUUGUCCGGGAUCUCCGACAUAACAAAGGACAAAUUCUGAAGGCUUCUGUUGACUACAUACGGAGGCUCAAGCUGGAUAUUGAAUACAACAAGGAGGUGGAAUCAAAGCGACGUGCCCUCGAACAACAGAACCGGCAACUUCACUUACGGAUACAGGAGCUGGAGACUAAACUUCGAACGAAUGGCAUCAAGGUAGAGGAGACCAACAUUGACCAGAGCCUCUUGCUGUCUACACUUAUCAAAUCUGAGGUGGUAAAUAACUCAGGGGGUCAAAAUGAUUUGAAGAAGGAACUCUUGGAAGACUUCACAUCAGGAGGAUUUAACUUGGACUUGAUGGAUGAUGAUGGUCCAGCCUUCACUAGUGACCCCGUGUUCUCAUCACCACAGGUCUCCUCCCCUAACUCAUCUCACCACUCAUUUGAUGAUGCUCUUACACCAGACUCCAUGGAUAUUGUUGCGUGAUUGUAUAUGGUUGAGAGUACCCUUAUACUAACCUCCAAGGAUGUUGGAGUUUAAAAAUAUCUAAAAGAAAGGAUGACGUUCUCCCGAGAAUGAUGGUGAUGUAGUGAGCAUGAAUCAUGAAAUGUAAACAGUAUUCACCAUACAUACAUACAUGAAGAUAUAAUUGUAAGAUCUCAAAUGAUGCACUUUCUUUCAUUAUUAGACAUUUAGUAAUAUUACAAUAGAGUAAAUAGACUUCAGAUGAUAUGAAUGUUCCUUAUAAAACAUUCAUUAUGUUGAAGAGAAAAAUAUGGGAGUUAAGAAAAAAUACAAAUGGAUUCUGUGUGUGUGUGUGUGUGUCAUUGUUAAUUCUUCAUAUUUUUUACUACUACAAGGCCUAAUUACUUCCCAAGAAGUAUCUUGUAAUGAAUAAUGUAGAAAACAAUGAAACCAUCUUAAACUACUGUACUGUAUCACAUUUUACGGUCUCCCACUACACAUGAUUGCACCUCCCCAGACAACAAAGUUAAACUUGGUUUGGAACCUUUACUCAAGUGACUAGUGCCGAGCAUAUAAUAAAAAAGACAUUUUUACCUGAGUUUAGCCCAGUUACUGAACUUGGAUCUCAAGCUGCCAUGUGUGUUAAAAAUGUGUCAGGUCAGACAAGAAUCCUAUUCUUCCUCGUCCACAACAAUGCUACAACCACUUGGUAGUCAGCCUGACUAACAUCACCAAAAUUAAUCCAGUAUUGUACUGUACUUCAGAAUUUUUAUUUUAUUUUUAAAGUUGUCUGGUUCCCCAAACUUAUAAAUUUCUGCCUUUUCCUGCUCCCAAGUUUUAAUUUACCUCAUAUUAAUUGAAGAGAAUUCUUACACAUUUAAACACCAUGUUUCUUGCUAUAAACAAACGGCUAUCUGUAUAAGACGGCCAAAAUAGCAUACAGAUUUCUUCAGCAGACACAGUAUUCAUUUAAAGCAGUGCUGUUUGGCCUUUGAUGCUUAUUGAUGUAGAUAUCCCAAAGGUCAAAAUAGAUUCCAUGUUAUAAGUUUCCACAUGUACAAGUUAUUAUGAAUAGGUGGCAGAAAGGUAAAUAUUAAGUAGGGGUAAAGACAACCCAGGUUUGAAAAGAUGACUAUAUGAAUGUGACAACUGCUGCAUGCAAUUAUAAACUGGUUCACCUUCACAUUAUAAAGUUUUCUGCAAAUGAAACAGAGACUAUAAAUACAUUAUCAGAUGUAAGAAAUUAAUGGUGUUAGCCAGAUCUUCUUGUGUACCUCAGAGAAGACUGUCAGUGAUGGGUACCUGAGCCUGAAUCCAUAUUGUAUUUUUCAAUAAGCAUUCACUAAUAACUAUGAAGUAAGAUAGGAGCUGUAACUAACCUUUUUGUAUGAAGUGCAAAAAAACAAACUUGAAAUUGCUACUUUUGUUAUUUCACUUAAUGUGUUGUAGGAUCCCUCCAGCAAUUACAGUUUGUAAAAGCCAGUAUCACUCUGUUAAUGUAUUACCUUUUAUUAAUAAGAUGUAAUAAGCAGUGGGUUGAUGCAACGAAUGUAAUAAUGUAUUAUAUUCCUUUAAGUUACAAAUACAGUAAUACCACUGUUGGUGGGAUGGAUAGUGAUUCAUUCUUAGUCCAUUACCAUGUUUUGUUAUUUCAUAAAAUACAUCUAAGUUGUUAAAGGUGUUAACAACUAUAUUGUUCUGUAUGACAUAAAUUUUUAAACAUUUUACAAAUGUAAUAUUUUGCACUCAGUCUACUAUAAAAAGAUGAUAGGAGAAAUUCUUAAGUUUAAGUGUUCAAAAUAGACAUUUGAAAAUAACGACACAAAGAGUACAUAAUCUUGACUAUGAAACUGUACAUAAUGUAAGCCUUAAUGACCUGGGCAUCCCAAGUCAUAAACAAAUGCUUCAUGACAGAUUAUAUACAUAAUGAUAAAAGGGAAAAUUAACGGCUGUAGCUACAAAAAAAAAAGAAAUUUCUAACAUAUCAAUUUUAAUUAUACUCAACAGUGAUUAAUUACAGAAUUUUAGUACUAGUAUGAACUCAUGCAGAGAAGUUGUUGGAAGUCUUGUGUGUACAUCUGUUAGCUCAUUGUAGUGUGCAAGUUGUUUUGAGUGCAUGAAGGAGUGGUGUGUGUGUGUGGUUAAUGCAUUAAAAUUUCAUCUGAUUCUUUCAUUAAGCUUAUAUAAAGAUGUAUAUAGUUUGUGAUCUUUAGCUAUAAUUUGAAUACUUUUUUAUGUAGUCAGAUGUAUCAAAUACUUACGGUUUCCUGUUGACAAGGGCUGUAAGCGGGAGUCAUGAAGAGGUCUUUAAUUAUGAAUUUCAAGGCCAUUAGUUGAAGUUAUCUGGUUUACGUCAUUUGUCAAAGUUCUUUUGUUAAUUUUAAGUGUAGCGCAAGACUCAUGACAGUCUUGGAAUUACAACCGACAAAGGAACCUAACUAACACGUACUUUGGAUGCUUACACGAGAGGGUUGUCACGUACCCCAGUUCUUGCUCUAGAUAACAUGUUUGGGGACACUUUCAUCUAUGACAAUACUUAAGUCACAGUCAGAUAAAAUACCAUUUCUGUUUUAUUUGGUAUGUUAUGUUUUGUAACAGAUGAAUUUAGUUCUAAGUGAAAUAUAUAUAGUAGUAAUUAACAAAGCAAAUGAUGGAAUAACCCAUACAUGAUGAUACAUUGCAGUGUAUUAUUAUUACAUCUGGUGUGUAAAUGCUGUAAUUAAUGUACACUAAAGUUCAUAACAUCUGCUGUUUGACCCUUUCAGGAUUGCUUUUAAUUUUUUAUGCUAUGAAGCCAAUGGUUACAUUAACUAGAUUGUGGAGGAACAGAACCCCAGCAACUACUAGUGAUGGCAUAAAGCAACAAGCACUCCAGUUGCACUUAAUGAGACAAGGGAGGGAGGAGGUGCCUGUACAUAAUACUGUCUUGUGUCAUCAGAGUUAAGGAACUCAUUCAAUUUAUUCAGUGUUGCCUUAUUUUCUGUGUACAUCUUAUAAUAUUGCCUAAUAGUACAGAAUUUAUGUUUCAGUGUCAGUUUGGGCAACAAAAUACUGUUUGUUAUUGAUGUAGAGACCAUAGAAUGAGUUAAUUAAAAAGUUGCCAUAAUUGUAAUGUAUCCAGCCUAGAAUAUCACUUCACAAUUGUCUUAUCCUGAAGGUGAGAAUUGUGAUAUCAGAAAUGAUCAUGAUAUAUUCUGUGUGGUGUAAUAUCUUUUUUUUAUGUCACUCAUUGUGUUGUCACCACUUAAUGUUGUUAGGCUGAAGUGGUGAAGUCAUUUACCAUUCAUGAAAAGACAAAUGGAAUAAAUUGUAUAUUUGAAUAAU